UAAAAAAUUAAGAUACAAAAAAACUAAAUAUUAUUCAAGCAAAACCAUUUAUAAAGAUAUUUUAUAAACUAUUUCUAAGAUAUGAGUGUUAUAAAAAUAUUAACACAAUAAUAAGUACUACCUCUGUUUCAUAAUAUAUGGUGUUUUGGCUUAGUGUACAAAGAUUAAGAAAAUUACAUUCUUCUAAAAAGUAUUUUUAAAGAUAUAAUUUUAAAAUCAUUCAACUAAUUAUAAUAAAAAAAAUCGUAAAAUUUUAUUGGUUGAAUAGUUUCCAAUAAAGCUAAUCUUAAAAUCUCAAAACGUCAUAUAUUUUGAAACAACUUAAACUUUCUAAAACAUCAUAUAAUUUGAAACAGAGGAAGUAUAUAUUUUGAUGAAAAAUAUUUGUCAUAUAUAAAUAAUUUGAUGUUUGAUUUAAAAAAUUUGAAAACAUAAAUAAUAACUUAUUAUGCUCGUUUUAGAUUAAUGAGACAUAAACUAAUAAAUAUUCAUAAAAGAUCAUGCCCACAUGUUUGGGCAAAACACCUAGUUAUCUAUAUAAAAGUGUGUUGGUUGAUCCAAUCCUGAACAAAAAAAAAAUACAAAUUCAGAUUCUAAUAAGUAAAUUAUUUGGUUUUCCUUUUUAGUUGUACAAACAUAUGGCAAGAUCCCAUCUAUAUAUAACGUAGCCUAUUUGGGCAAUGCAAUCACUUAGAUUAUCAAAUUUGUCUAUUAAUUGUUGUUCAGAGUCUUCCUCCAUCUUUCUGCGUUUUCGAUCAUCAGCCUCUAGACUCGCUGCCUUGAAGGAUACGCUACUAAAUUCUAUAAAAGAACACUAGGGUUUCAAUAUACGAGCUAGGGCUUUGGAAUAAUGGCAUAUAAUUUUGUGGAUUGUCUGCGAAACAUAUGGUCCUUUUCAAUGAUUGAUACUGACCUGAGAGACUCAAAGGAGAUUGCAAACACACUCUCAGUGCCUGAGAGCACAAAGACCUUUGUAUUUGCUAUCAGAGUCCCUGAGCAUGACUCCACUAUUCACAUACUCUCUUCUCAGAGUCUAUCUAUAAGAUCUGUUAUUGACGCCGAGUGUCUUAUACGUGAACUCCGUCCUGAUGCUGUAGUAGCUCAACUGAACGGUCCAGCUUUUGGAGAAGAAUCUCAAGAGAUUGAUGAUGGCUCUAAUGAUUCCAUCCCCACGUCAGUUUUCAGAGUUCUUACACGUUGUUUUGUGGAUAAAACUUUUGACAAAGAGAAGUACGAAAGUGUUGCCGGGAACUUGGUUUUGAAGGAGAUCUUUGGGACAAGUUUCAAUGGACAUGUAUUGGCUGCCAAGAAGGUGGCUGAGGAGGUUGGUUCAUCGUUUUUGGUUCUUGACUCUCCAUUCAUUAUGAAAGGUCUAUCUAAAUCUCUCACAACAAAAUAUUAUAAUGGCUCUGCUAUAAGCUCCACAAGGUUUCAGAUAACCAAUGAUGCACAUGCACUGAUGCUGAAACUGUUAUCUUCUCAUAUAACUCAGCUCGGUAAAGAACUUAUCCCAUCAAGCUGUCUUGCCAAUGAGAUGGAGUCUGAUAGUGUUAAGCUUCCAGAAUUUGCGUACUCCAUUUAUAACUUACUUGUUGAUCUUCACAAGAUAUUCAAUGGUCUCCCAGCUAUUAGGAAAGCUUUAGACAGCGCCACAAAGAUGUUGUCUGAUGUAAACAGAGGGGAAUCCGUUGAUAAAGAGGCUCUUCUUUCUGAAGUAUAUCUUUUCAGGAUUGCAGUUGAAGGUAUAAGAAUUGCUUUGAACAAUUCUGGUCGGCUACCUAUUAGGAACCUUGGUUAUGUAUCUAACCAAACCCAAGUUCAGUUCUCGAAUCUCUCUUCUAAGGAGAAAUCUUAUGCACUUAUGGCAGCUAAUCUUCGUGAUCAGGCUAAAAAGUUUAAGAAGAUAGUAGCAGUAGUAGACGCAGGUAACCUUGCAGGUCUUAGGAAACACUGGAGAACUCGUGUUCCUCAAGAAGUUAAAGAUAUGUCUACUGAGUACACGGUACUGGACUCUGACAGUAAUGAUUCUAACUUAAAACCAGUGGGUGCGGUUGGUGCAGCUGCUUUAACACUAACCAAGAUCAUUUUAGAUUUGAAAGCCCUAGCUCCGCUGAAACCUUUCUUGACAAACACGCAAGAGGCAAUCUAUUUGUCAAAGGCAUCUUUAUCUGCCGAGACAAUCAGGGGAGUAACACAAUAUAUAAUAUAUUCUGCUCAAGAUACGAGCUUCUUUUCCGUUCAAGCUACACUCUAUUCGAUGAUAAUGAGGAGAAGACGAGCAAAACCUAUUGGCACCUUACCAAUGGCUAUGUUUGGAGCCAGUCUAGCAACUUGUGCGGGGUUGCUCUUCUAUGAAAAGGGGAUCAUGUGUGCAGCUGAGACUCUUCCUUCAGCUCCUUCGAUAGCAAAACUGGGACAUGGGAUUCAAAACUUACGUGAGGCGUCUAAGGAAGUGACAAGGAUAGAAGACAAAAGGACACAGAACACAAUGGAGCGGCUUAGUGAGAGGCUAAGGAACUUCACGCUUCAUUAUUCAUUAUCUUUCAGUUUCAAAACCAAAUUUGGUUCGUAAUUGUAUUUUCAAAACGGUUGUAUAUAAUAUUUCCAAUAAUACAAUAUCAAAUAUUUCCAUUAAUGUAAUAUUUAAUUACACUGAUUAGCAUUUGUAAUAUGUAAUAUUUAAUUACAGUAUCUUCUUAUAUCGCCUAAGAGACCAAUAUUACCAUGAAACUUUAGUUAAGUUUAUUGAGUACUAAAAUAAAUAAAUAAUUAAAUAUUAAUGUCAACAGUCCCAAAGGGUGUAUUUUUUUUUAAAGAGAUAGAUUUAGGGAUCAAUUCAAAAUUUAAUGUUAUUCAUUUUGUGAUUUUAAUAUUCAUGUACUAUUCAAUCGUACAUGUUUAUAAAAUAGAUUUGAAUAGUUUUUUUUGUUAAGAAACUAUAAAACACACAAAUUUCAGGCAAACUUUCGAAUUUUAAAAUAUUAAUUAAAGUCGACAAAUUAGAUUUAAAACUCAAUAAAGUUUUCAUUAAUUUAUAAAUUUUAUAUAAAUUUUUAAAUAAAUUAAAAUACAUAAAUAAAUAAAUGACAUCCUCUUAGACGGGCUAAAUUCGCAAGGUAUAUAAGUAACAUAUAUCUGAGAGAUAGCAAAUCUCAUAUGUAGUUGGACAACCUUUGUGACUGUCACAUAAUCUAUUAAUAGUAUCAUACAACAAAACUUUGGCUGCUCUUUGUCUCACCGGAGUUAAUGGCUGAAGCCUUCGCCACCCGUUCGGCGGUUAUGUAUGCUUCCACUUUGAAUAUUAAAUCCUUGAUGAUCUUGUUUGAUUUCUUGUCUCGGGUGAAGUUGUUGAAGGGAAAAGGUUCGGUUCUAGUUUUGUUCGGCAUUUUAUUCGACAUCUAUCACUUUAGAUCUAUUUUUGAUAUUGUUUCCUUUUCGUAUGUAUCUUGUUUGAGUAAUGAAAUAGCUGAUUUAGUGGCAAAAUCAGCCUUUUCCUUGUUAAACUCAUCCUCCGUCAAUGGAGUCUAGACUCUUUAAGAUUUGAAUGAAUGAAUGUGUGUUUGAUACCAAAAAAAAAAAAAAACAAAACUUUGGCUGCUAUAUUUUCAGGCUCGACAAAAUUUCUGAUUACUAAUGAUGCACAGGCACAGAUACUGAAAUUCUUGUCAUGACAUAUCACUCAGCUCAACAAAGACCUUAGCCCAUCAAGUUAUGUUGCUAUUGGACUUUCCAAUGAAUUAUGUAUCAAACCAAACCCAAGUUCAGUUCUCAAAGCUCUCUUCUACGGAGAAAUCUUAUGCACUUGUGGCAGAUAAUAUUCGUAGUCAGGCUAAGAAGUUUAAGAACAUAGUAGCAGUACUAGAUGCAAGUAACCUCGCAGGUCUUAGGAGGCAUUGGAGAACCUGUGUUCAUCAAGAAGUCAAAAAUACUAGGAGUUUUCAGGCGCUAUCCACAUAAAUAAAAAUUUAAAUAUAACUUUAUUUUUAUUUUAUUUUAUAAAAUAGGUUAUAUUUAGACAUUAUUAUUUUAUAUUUUAACUACAUUGGUUUGGAAAAAAUAAAAUCUUUUGUAGUUUUUUCUAUUUGGUUUAACUAUUUCACGUUUAUUUAAAAUUUAUUUCAAUCGAGUUCAGAUAACAUUUUAU